ACUUGGUUGAACUUCACUGAAAAAACAAGCAAUAAACAAACUGAAUUUGAUCACAUAUUUUGUAAUCUGCUUCCUUAAUUAUCCAUAUGGACCCGUGGUUCAGUGACCAGGAUGUCCUACUCUGUGACCUGUGUGAGACACCUGUUCCUCCAAUGUAUUGUGACUUUUGUCAUAUCAAACUCUGUAAAGCCUGUGUAGGGGAGCAUCUCUCUGAUUUAUCUAAAGAACAUAAAGUGGUGCCAUACAAACAAAAGGGAACUACACCUAAAUAUCCCAGAUGUCAGACCCAUGUUGGAAAACUGUGUGAACUUCACUGUAAGGAAUGUGACCUUCCUGUUUGUUUGCUCUGUCUUGCAUCCAAUUUUCACAAAGGACAUAAUUUAUUGAAUUUACUUGAGGUAAAUUUAUCCAAUCAAGAGGCUGUAGAAAAAGAUCUUGAUGAAUUAUUAAAUUCAAUAAGCCCUAAAUAUGAAGAAAUUUCAGCAGAGAUACAGAGAGAAAAAACAGGCCUGGAAAAACAUUACGAGAAACUGACAACAGUUGUCAUCAAACAAGGAGAAGACUGGCACAGAGAAAUUAACAUCAUUGUCAACAAACAAAAAUUUGAAAUUGAUGAGAUGAAAACUAAACACCUGGCUGCUCUAAAUAAACAGGAAAAAGAAAUCACUGGUAUAAUCUCAGAAGUGAAACAGUGUAUUCUUGAUCUGAAGAGAAUACUGGACUCCAAUUGUGUCUCCCUUACCUCUGCAUACAAAUCCAGGAAUGUUGAAUUCAGAUGUUUUCCUCCUAAAGUCUCAUUACCAAGUUUCUCUCCUCAUCAGAUCAACACAGAACAGCUCCAUCAAAUGUUUGGUUCUCUGUCAGCAUUAUCCAUUACGACAGACGAACAUGGCUACACAAUGAAGACACCAGAAGCUGAAUACUGUCCUCCAGUCAAACCACUGCUUGAUGAACCAGAGCUCAUCACCACCAUAGACACUGGGUAUAAAUAUCUAUACAGUGUUACCUGUCUCAGUGAUGAAGAAAUCUGGACAUGUGGAUUAGACAAAAUCAUGAAACUCUACAACCUCCAGGGCAAACUACUGAAGUCAAUCCAAACCAAGUCUGGGAACACACCACGUGAUAUAGAAGUGACAAGGAGUGGAUAUCUAAUUUAUACUGACCCUAAUACAAGGACUGUAGACAUAGUGAAGAAUAGGCAGAUACAGGAAGUGAUCAGACUACAGGGGUGGACACCUCACUAUGUCUGUAGUAUCUCCUAUGGUGACUUUCUGGUUACCAUGGUCAGUGAUGAUGAUAAACAAUCAAAAGUUGUCCGUUACUCUGGCUCCACAGAAACACAAACCAUUCAGUUUGAUACUGAAGGUAAACCUCUGUAUUCAUCUCACUACCUUAAAUACAUCAGUGAGAACAGGAACCUGGAUAUCUGUGUAGCUGACAAUGGAGCUGGUGCAGUAGUGGUGGUUAAUCAGGCAGGAAGACUCCGAUUUAGAUACACUGGUCAUCCCUCUAAUAACAAGGGAUCAUUCUUUCCACUUGGCAUCACAACAGACAGCCAGAGUCAGAUCCUGACAGCAGACUGUGAAUAUCACUGUAUCCACAUCCUAGAUCAGGAUGGACAGUUCCUCCGUUACAUUGAUAACUGUAACUGUGACCUACAGUUUCCAUGGGGUUUAUGUGUAGACACCAGAGACAACAUCUUUGUGGUCGAGUUGAACAGUGGUAAAGUGAAGAAAAUCAAAUACAAUCAUGUAAACAGUGACAUACAGUCGUUUGACCAGUUCUGAAUUUUGAUCAGUUCCGAAUAAUUAAUAAUUUAAGAGCUGAUAAUUAAUAAAUUCAAAAGUGUAAACAUAAAUUCAUACAUAUGGUAUGAAGGCUUAUCUAUGAGUGUUAGAAUUAUGUGAAGUUUUGAUUUUUUGCUGUCAGUUUGUGUCCGCUAUCAUACUUGAAACAGGUGACAUACUUUUACAAUUCAACAAAUCUGAAUCACCGCGACACGUUUGUCUGCAGAAAAACGUCUGUAAAGACAUCAAUUUUUCACAUAAAAUAACAUUUCAACUA